ACGAAAAAGCGGGGGAGAAGGCGGGACUUCCGCUAUGUGAAGAGAGCGACUUCCGUGAUCCAAGCUCGAAGCCCCGCCUUCCGCGUUUCCAGCCCCGUCAAUCAAACUAAAAAAAAAAGGGGGAAAAAAAAAAAAAGGAAAAAAAAAAAAAGCCCGAGCCGAAGCUCCGCGCGCAGCCCGCCUUCGGUUAAAGCCACAGCCAUGUUUGGAGUUUAAAUGAACGCAGAACCGCGGUGUUUUUUAGGCCUUUCCGCGCUAUGACUGGUACGUAACAACAUUCAGCCGAUCGAAGCGCAGCCGCGCCGGAGAGCCCGGAGCAGGAUGGCGCUUAGCAGCGCUUAGCUUUAGCCGAACUCUUUAAUCUUUUCCCCCUCCUUCACUCAAAAGCUAAUGCUAGCACUUAGCUAAGCUAGUUAGUUAGCCUCUGACUUUAACAAAGUGAAACACCCGAGCGGGGGAAAAGCGACAGCAGCGGAAGAGGGUGAGGAGGGAAAACCGGGGGGAUUCGCUUUAAAUCUUAACUCAGGAUGGAGCUCUGAACCCCGGAACAGCCAGCGAAGCAGCAGGAAAUGGCUGCCUUGGACGCGGAUGGCGGUCACAGCGACUUUUUGCAGCCCGCCUCAGGAACCGCAGCCUCGGAUCAGCAGACAACAGACCUCACGUCCAUCCAGCUCACAGGCUCGUCCGACCGCUGGGAGGUACUCACUCCGGUUUCCACUGGUAAAGAGGACUCUGGGGUGGUACACUUGCCUAGCGGAGGGAUCGUGGGCACCAACGGGCAAUACGUGGUGCCGCUUCAGACUUUAUCCGGUCAGAGCCAGCCUGUUUUUGUCACUGCUGGGACAGACGGCGUGAGCGCCAACGGCAUUCAGUACCAGGUCAUCCCACAGCUCCAAAGCGGCGACGCGACAUCACUGGGUUACACUACAGCUGCAAGCGACGGCAGCGCACUGGGCACGGAUAUUGCAACGAAUCCCAACGACCUGCAGGGUUUGCUGGCACAGACCGGACACGUGCAGCAGAUUCAGGGGGUCUCGUUGGCAGGAAGUGGGUUCACAGGGCAGGGCCAGAUGGUGGCUAACAUGCCGGUCGGAUUGCCCGGGAACAUCACGUUUGUGCCGAUUAACAGCCUGAGCAACGCAGACUUGGAGUCCCUGGGCCUGGCUGGAGCUCAGACCAUCGCCACAGGCGUCACAGCUGAUGGUCAGCUCAUAAUUACGGGCGACAGCACGGUCCAGAACGCUCUGGAUAAAUCCAACAACGGCAACAGUACCAACACUUACGUUCCCCAGACGUCCACCUCCACCUCUGCCUCCUCCUCUUCUACCGUCACAUCGCUCCCUGAGACGAUAGACGGCACUGGGGUUCUGACCCAAGCCACGGCUGUUUCGGCCGGGCAACAAGAUCCGUCCUUCGUCCAGCAGAACCACGUGCCUACCUCCGUCCCGGCAAACGUCGAACCCAUGGUGCAGCUAGUGCCCGCGCAGACACAGGACGGCACGAUGCAGGCGCUCCAAAGCGUGCAGCUGCUCAACGCUGGCACCUUCCUAAUCCAAGCGCAGACCGUUUCACCUACAGGCCAGAUCCAGUGGCAGACUUUCCAGGUGCAGGGUGUGCAGAACCUCCAAAACCUGCAGAUUCCUGGGGCUGGCGGAAUGGCAUCCCCUCAGAUCACCAUCGCCCCCGUGCAGACGUUGGCGUUCGGACAGCCUGGCACCAGUGUGGCCACUGGACACAUCCCCAACCUGCAGACGGUCACAGUCAACUCCAUUGCGCAGGCAGAGCAGGCCAUGGAGAGUCCCUCAGACAUUCACAUCAAGGAGGAACCAGACUCGGAUGAUUGGCCUCUGAGCGGAGACUCCACCUUGAACCCCAGCGACCUGUCGCACCUCCGGGUACGGAUGCUAGAUGAGGAGAACGAGGGGGUGGGACAGGAGGGCAAGAGGCUCCGGAGAGUGGCUUGUACCUGCCCUAACUGCAAAGAGGCAGGGGGGAGAGGCUCAGGUAUGGGCAAGAAGAAGCAGCACAUUUGCCACAUCCCCGGCUGCGGGAAGGUGUACGGUAAAACGUCUCACCUUCGCGCCCACCUGCGCUGGCACUCGGGCGAGAGACCCUUCAUCUGCUCCUGGAGUUACUGUGGCAAGAGAUUCACACGCAGCGACGAGCUCCAGCGCCACCGCAGGACACACACAGGAGAGAAGAAGUUUGUGUGUCCGCAGUGCUCGAAACGCUUCAUGCGCAGCGACCAUUUAGCCAAACACAUUAAAACUCACCUGAACAAAAAAGGGCUCAACUCCGCCCCCGCACCAGGACAGAACGACGCCAACGCCCCGCUGGACAGCAUCAUCACCGGGGGCGGGCCCACGAUCAUCCUGACCAGUCUGCCCCAGUCUGGCACUCAAGACAUCCUUUCAAACUCUGACCUCCCUCUUCAGCUGGUCACUGUGUCUGCCAAUGAGGUCAUGGAGUGACCAAUAAACGUGCCCACUUCCACAGCUAGCUUUUCACUAUCAAUUUUUUAUAUAUAUAUAUAUAUAUAUAUAUAUAUAUAUAUAUAUAUAUAUAUAUAUAUAUAUAUAUAUAUAUAUAUAUAUAUAUAUAAUAAAUAUAAAUAUAUAAAAUAUAUAUUUUAAAAAGUAUCAAUUUAUGCUCUGUAGCAGUCUUUUGUACAAAUUGGGUGGGGAACAGGGGCAGGGGCAUUAAAUGUGAUUUGGAUCUCCACACACACACACACACACACACACACAUGCAUAUUCAGUAUAUAUGGAUACACACUAACACAGAAAUGCCUUAUUUUGUAUCAUACCAUACUCUGUAAGCAUACGAUGCUGGACUUGCAUGGAUUUUUACUUUCUCCUGAUCAAAUGACGAACAUAAGCGUGUGAAUGAAUGAUAUGGUACAGGGAUGUGUGUGUGUGUGUGUGUGUGUGUGUCUGAGAGGGAGAGAGUGUGUGUUUUCGAUGUUUUGCGUGAAUUUGGCAGCAGGAGAGAGAAAGUCCUCAGAGUCUGUAAAGAUUCAAGAAUCUCUCCUUCUCUCGCUCUCUCUCUCUUUCUCUCGCUCUCUCGUUCUUUCUCUCUCUCUGCUAGCCUCGGUCCAAACGUGUCCACUCUUUUAUUACGUUUCCGAGGAUUGACUCUGCUUUCCUCACACGCUUUGUCGCAUGAUUGGAGAAUUUGUUUAUUUUAUUUUUUUUUUUUUAUAUAAAUAUCAUCCAUAUGCAACUCGGG